AUGGAGAAGGUGAGCUCCGCGAGGGUAGCCGCGGCGGCCGUGGUGGCGCUGUGCCUGCUGCUGGCGCCGGCGCAGGAGGCCGCCGGCGUGGAGUACAUGACGUACCCGCCCAACAUGAUCAGCUGCAAGGUGCUGGGCAACUGCGAGAAGAACGCCGGCCCCGACGCCACCCGCCCCGGGAAGCCGGCCAACCGCUACACCCGCGGCUGCAGCGCCAUCGACAGGUGCCGCGGCUGAGAUCUCAGCCAGCAGGGGUGCGCGGGUCAUCGGGGAGAUGGAUUUCUGUGCGCGAUCCAGCCGAUUCUUGCUUGCUCCCUGCGUCUGUGCGUAUGCUUUUACACCGCGUAUAAAUACAGUAUACACUCUGAAA